AUGCUGGGGUUGGGGAGAAAAGGGACUGGCAGGCUGGCGGUGUCCCAGGGGAGCACUCUGUAACGGUCGAACGGCUUGUAUCUUUUUCAACCUUUUCCGUUUCUUCACCAUUCCUACCCCUUUAUUUUAAGCUUUAUCGGGUCCUCCAGAUAGGGCCGUUGUUUGGGGGCGAUGGGAACACACAAGCAAGGCUUUACCUAGAUAAACUUAAAAGACCCAUUCAAUUCUUACGAUUUGAUACUGUUUUUUUUUUUUUUUUAACUUUUCGUUAAUAUAUGAUUAUUUACCGCCACUACUACUUCAGGGAAAGGAAAGAGGGUAGGAUAGUAGGGCUUCUGGUGAGGUUAAUUUUUAAAAACGUGUUGCAGCAGCCUGAGGUAAUUUUCUAAUAUGUGCUAAAAGAUUUGAUUUGUUAUUUUACUUUCCCUGAUUUUGCAGCCCCAAACCCUAGAACGAAUUUGGUUUUCAGUUUUCUGACAGCCUUUGACUCCUAUGUCAGUGAACGUUCAUUUUGCGUGUGUUGGGUGAGCAUUCCUUGUAUCGAGGUAGCACGUUUUUCACACGUUGCUUUUAGCAGUUGAUAGGUGUUGGUUCAUUAGGUAGCGUCUGAAGUUUCAGCUGUAGGUUUCAACUAGAAAAAGGUUCUAUGCAAGGACUUUAAUGAGAUCCAGUAAUUGUUGUUCUGUGGCUCUGGUUUGUGAAUGACUGGAUAUUGAGAAUAGUCUCUGUGUUAGUUAAUGACCUUGAACAAAACCAUUCUCACAAAUAUGUAUUGCAAAGAUAGGUAACUUUCAAAAAAAAAUUAUAUCCUAUUUAUCUGUUUCUUUAGGGGAUGGGGGGAAUGGCGAUUCACUGUAAUGGUUAAAGGCUGUGCAUAUUGGUCCUUGAGAACUCAAACUGAGGAGCCCUGCAUCAUCUUUAGAAGUCCAGUUUCCAGUGGACUAGGAAUGGAUCCUGAUUGCUGAUGGCAGUAAUGAUCCUGGCAUCUUCUGUAGAAAGUGCUGCUCUUCUCUUCCUCCAAGGGCUAUGUUAAAAACGACAACGAACACCAACCAUGAAAGAUCCAAGUCGCAGCAGUACUAGCCCAAGCAUCAUCAAUGACGAUGUGAUUAUUAACGGUCAUUCUCAUGAAGAGGAUAAUCCAUUUGCAGAGUACAUGUGGAUGGAAAAUGAAGAGGAAUUCAACAGACAAAUAGAAGAGGAGUUGUGGGAAGAAGAAUUUAUUGAACGCUGUUUCCAAGAAAUGCUGGAAGAGGAAGAAGAACACGAAUGGUUUAUUCCAGCACGAGAUCUCCCGCAAACUAUGGACCAAAUCCAAGACCAGUUUAAUGACCUUGUUAUCAGUGAUGGCUCUUCUCUGGAAGAUCUUGUGGUCAAGAGCAAUCUGAAUCCCAAUGCAAAGGAGUUUGUUCCUGGGGUGAAGUACUGACAUGUCUGAGCAGCCGGCCGCUUUUGGUGGAUGUAGCACAGUUUCCACACUGGGAAGGCAGUGUUAGAAGACUCCAUUGUAAAAGCUCUCUCUCGUCACUGUGUUACACUUACGCAUUGCCAAAGUUUUUGUUAGUCUUGCAUGCUUAAUAAAAGUGCUGAGACUGUUACUAAGUAAGAAGCUGUCACACAGUUACUGAAAGUAGAAUUGGCCGCAUGGCUUAAUGUAAAGACAGCAACGGAAGAAGCACCAGUCAAUUGUGACAAAGAACCAAAUUAAAUCACCUCCAAAUCUCAUUGAAUUGUCUGUCUUUGAGGCUAAACUGGUCCCUUAGGGUUAGUUGACACUUUAAUGUCUACACUUUGUUUCAAAAAAAAAAAAAAGUAAGUUAAGUAAAUAAGUUUAAAUUAAGUUCUGAUUGUUAAACAGAUUUCUUAGUUGCAUUUGUCCAUCAAAAAUAACUUUUUCUGAAGAAAAAUCUGUUACCUUUUGAAGUAAGUAAUUUCACAAGCAUGUCUCUGAGGUUUCACGGGUGGGGGUCAGAUAGGAGCUAGUCUGUCUGGCUUUUGCCUGGUGUAUUAUCAUCAUGUUAGGAAUACUGAGUUCUAGUGUUAAACCUGAGGAAAUGCAAUUUGAGGCUUGCAUCUUCUGAAGAUUGAUUGCAUCAUAGCCAUCAUGUGUGAAGUCUAACAUAGGACCUAUAGCAGCCCAUAAUCCAACUGAAGCACUCGAAAGACGGUAGCAUGACUUUGGUGCUCUUCCUUGCUUUGUUAACCAUCAUGACUAUAGUCUGCAGCACAAGUUUUCUUUUAACAAAGCUAGAACAGUUUUGGCUUCUUAAACUUCAUAUUUGAGUAGGUUAAGCUGCCAUACGUGUUCAGUGUGAAUAGUGUUUAAGUUGAAAAUAUUGUAAAAAAAUUAUAUUUUUUCAAAAAUAUUUAAAAAAAUAAAUGAUAGUGGAACCGA